AUGUCUUCAUCAUCAUCAUCAACUUCCAUUGAGAAAGUAACAUCGAGAAUUCAAAACUCAUUAUUUGUACCUUUAGAUAUGGAACCAAACAAGACUGCCGCUCAAGUAGAUACCACUACUUCGCUCUUUACCAAUGUACCAUUGGCACCGGUCGACCCAAUUAUCGGUGUCAGCCAAGCCUACAAAGCCGAUCCAUCACCAAACAAGGUCGAUGUCUCUGUCGGUGCCUACCGUGACGAGCAAGCCAAACCAUACGUCUUGAAGUGCGUGCGUGCCGCCGAGGAGCGUUUGCUCGGUGCCACCAAAGAGUACUUGCCAAUCGACGGUAUUCCAGAGUUCAACUUGGCAUCGGCUCAACUCCUCUACGGAAAGGCAAUGAACGGACAAGAGAAGCGUAUGGUCACCGUCCAGACACUCUCUGGUACCGGUGCCGUGCGUCUCGGUGUCAUCUUCAUUCGUAAAUACUUGCCAGCCGGAACCACCGUGUACGCCUCGCGUCCAACCUGGGUCAAUCACCACAACAUCUGCAAGGAGUCCGGUGUGCCAUCCGCUGAAUACACAUACUACGACAACAAGAACAACUGUCUCAAUUUCGAGGGUAUGAUCGCCGAUAUGCGUGCUGCCCCCAACGGAUCGGUUUUCAUCUUGCAUCUCUGCGCUCACAACCCAACCGGUUGCGAUCCAUCCAAGGAGCAAUGGGGAAUCAUUGCCGACGUCAUGGCCGAGAAGAAGCACAUUCCAUUCGUAGAUUGCGCCUACCAAGGUUAUGCCAGUGGUGAUUUGGACAACGACGCCUACUCUGCCCGUCUCUUCUUUGAGCGUGGAUUCGAGAUGUUCUCCGCACAAUCCUACAGUAAGAAUUUCGGUUUGUACGGUGAGCGUGCCGGUGCCUUGACAAUUGUCAGUCACUCUGAAGCCGCCAUCCCAAAGAUGCUCUCACAACUCAAGAUGGACAUUCGUGCCAUGUACUCAUCGCCACCCACUCACGGUGCUCGUCUUGUGGCCACCGUCCUCGGUGACCCAGCUUUGCGUGCACUCUGGAUCGACGAACUCAAGCAAAUGUCCGGUAGAAUCUUGCGUGUUCGUAAGGAGCUCUACGACGCUUUGGUCGCCCGUAACGUACCGGGUGACUGGUCACACAUCGUCAAACAAAUCGGAAUGUUCACCUACACUGGUCUCUCACCAGCUCAAGUCGAAUACAUUGUAAAGAAAUAUCACAUCUAUUUAUUGGCCUCUGGUAGAGUUUCAAUUGCCGGUCUGAAUAGCAAAUCUGUACCAUAUUUUGCUGACGCCAUCGCCGAUGCCGUCAAAGUUCACCCAAAAUAA